GGCCGAGGCGCAGACGGGCGGGUCUCGUGAGAAGGGCGGCGGCGGCCGGGGCGGCUGUGGCGCGGAGCGGCGGGCCGAGCGGCGGCGGGCGCAUGGAGGGCGCGGCGGGCGAGCGGGCGCCGCUGCUGGGCGUGCGGCGGGAGGCGUUCGCGGGCCGGCGCGCGGCGUGCGCGGCCGUGCUGCUGACGGAGCUGCUGGAGCGCGCCGCCUUCUACGGCGUCACGGCCAACCUGGUGCUUUUCCUGAACGGCGCGCCGUUCGGCUGGGAGGGCGCGCAGGCCAGCCAGGCGCUGCUGCUCUUCAUGGGCCUCGCCUACCUGGUGUCGCCGUUCGGCGGCUGGCUGGCCGACGCGCAGCUCGGCCGCGCGCGCGCCAUCCUGCUCAGCCUGGCGCUCUACCUGCUCGGCAUGCUGGCCUUCCCGCUGCUGGCCGCGCCCGCCACGCGCGCCGCGCUCUGCGGGGCCCCGCGCCCCACGCGCGUCCGCAACUGCUCGGCGCCGCCCUGCCCCGACGCGCCCGCCCGCUACUGCGCGCCCGCCGCGCUCGGUGCGCUGGCGCUCGUCGGCCUGGGCGUGGGCGCGGUCAAGGCCAACGUCACGCCCUUCGGCGCCGACCAGGUUAAAGACCGAGGUCCAGAAGCCACAAGAAGAUUUUUUAAUUGGUUUUAUUGGAGCAUUAAUCUGGGAGCAAUCAUUUCUCUGGGAGGCAUUGCCUACAUUCAGCAGAACGUGGGCUUUGUGACCGGCUACCUCAUCCCAGCAGUCUGCAUCGGCAUUGCUUUCCUGGUCUUCCUCUGCGGCCAGAGAGUCUUCAUCACCAAGCCUCCUGAUGGCAGUGCCUUCACCUAUAUGUUCAAGAUACUGGCAUAUUCGUGCCGUCCCCAGAAGCGAAGUGGAGAACACGGUCAGAGUGGUGAAGGCCUUGGAGUCCUUCAGCACUCUUCUAAACACAGUCUGUUUGAUUCAUGUAAGAGGUCUCGUGGAGGGCCGUUUGCGGAGGACACGGUGGAGGACGUGAAGGCCCUUGUGAAGAUCAUCCCCGUGUUCUUGGCCUUGAUACCUUACUGGACGGUGUAUUUCCAAAUGCAGACAACGUAUGUUCUGCAGAGUCUUCAUUUGAAGAUUCCAGCGAUUUCCAGAAUCACAGCCACUCCUCAUACGUUCCCGGCGGCCUGGCUGACCAUGUUCGACGCAGUUCUCAUCCUCCUGUUAAUUCCCUUAAAGGAUAAACUGGUUGAUCCCAUUCUGAGAAGAAAUGGCUUACUCCCGUCAUCCCUAAAAAGGAUCGCCGUUGGAAUGUUCUUUGUGAUGUGUUCUGCCUUCGCUGCAGGAAUUUUGGAGAGCAAAAGGCUGGACCUUGUUAAAGAGAAAACCAUCAAUCAGACCAUCGGAAAAGUCGUGUAUUACGCUGCUGACCUGCCGAUAUGGUGGCAGGUCCCACAGUAUGUGCUGAUUGGCAUCAGUGAGAUAUUUGCCAGCAUAGCAGGUCUAGAAUUCGCCUAUUCGGCUGCCCCCAAGUCCAUGCAGAGCGCCAUAAUGGGUUUGUUCUUCUUCUUCUCUGGCGUCGGCUCGUUUGUGGGCUCUGGACUGUUGGAGCUGGUGUCCAUCAAAGCCAUCGGCUGGAUGAGCAACCACACAGACUUCGGCAAUAUUAACGGCUGCCAUCUGAACUAUUACUUCUUUCUUCUGGCCGCGAUUCAGGGAGCCACCCUCCUGCUUUUCCUGAUAGUUUCUGUGAGGUACGACCGGCAGCGGUCGCGAGCCAGCGGGGCGCCUGCCAGCAGGAGGACCUGACGUCCCCGAGGCCACAGCCAGUGGACUGAAGGCGGCCGUGCGCUGAGCAGGAGAGGCUUCUCCCACUUCCUGACCACGCGCGUGGUCCCUGGAUUGCCUCCUCUUCUCCCAGAUGAGCUGGGUAAGUGCCUUUCCGUGGUUCCCCUCCCGGAGCAGACGCGGGCUUCUCGUCCGGACCGCCGUGAGCCCUCAGACGGAAGCCCGCGGCGGAGCUGCCGGGGCCUCGGGAGACCGUGCGCGUGUCCGUCGGCGUCCUGAUGUCUUGGAUGCGGGUUACCGUUUCCUCCUCGCAGACCGUAUGAGCUCAC